GGCAAAACAAAACUUUUAAAAAGGAUUCCACCAAAAUGGAAGACUCCUACCCCUGAAAAAAAAUGUAAAUAUUGUGCUUGAAGAGACUUUGUAUUCUUGCUUCAAAACAAAAACAUUCUUGUUUUGAUUAAUUUGAAGACACUUUCAAAAAUGACAGCAGUUUUGGAUCAGUUUAUGGAAUUUCACUCAGUUCAUGGGACCAACGUUCAACUGGACCCUUCGAGGACUCGAGCCACCAGAGUAGAAAGUUUUGCAAAUGGCGUCUGCUUCAGUAAAGACCCUUUAAGCCCAGGGGAGAUUUUCCUAGUGGAGAUUGAAGAGAAAGAACUAGGCUGGUGUGGUCAUUUGAGGAUCGGACUGACUGCCCAUGACCCUCGAACGCUGGACACUGUGCCAGAAUACUCUUUGCCUGACCUGGUAGAAAAGGGAGACAGCUGGGUGUUCGCAAUCACAAGAAAUCACAAUAAAGUCACUGAGGAUGAAGGAGCAGAAGUAGAACAGCCAAAUGAGGGUAAUGACACCAGCAACAAACCUAAAACCUUUUUCACAGACACUCAUUUGUAUAUUGAAAACAUGGGAAUACCUAGAGAUAAACUAGUGGGACGCAGUCGUCCGGGGAGGUUCAGUCACAUUCUGGAUGAUCUGUACAAAACCAACGCUCUACCACCAACUGCCCGCCGUAGUCGGAUAGGGGUUGUCUAUGUACCAAAGGGAGAAGGUUGUGCCAACAUGCACAUUGUCAUCAACGGUGAAGACAUGGGAGCCUCUGCUAAAAGGAUUCCCACUAAUAAACCAUUAUAUGCAGUUGUGGAUGUAUUUGCAGCUACUAAAUGUGUUCGGAUUGUUCAGGUGGAAUAUGGCUUUGCCUCAUUGCAGACACUCUGCCGAAAGACUAUCCAGAAACACAUCGUUCACAGGAUGGCUUUGGAUUGGUUGGAACUUCCGGAGUUACUGAAACAUUAUUGCAAAUAUGAGUGAGCAAAACAUAUUGGCCCUUGGCCUUGUGGAUAAUUAUGGACACUUUUUUUUUGCUUACAUGUUGGCUGUGUUAAUGCAAGUACUGUAGCUUAAAGGUUGGUAAAAGGGGGAUUCUUUUAUUGAAGUUGAAUAGUUUACCCUGAUUGGCGUUCAGAAAUCUAUUUUACAAUAAAUAAAUAAAUAAAUAGUUAUACUUGGGACCUUCUGGAGAAAAAUAUCCAAACGUUAUUAAGAAGGCUUCUAUUUAAUUCAAUAAAAAAAUGUGUAGUAUUUAAGCAAAUUUUUUAAAGUUUGGUUUUGCUUUUUAAAACUCUGCUUUUGAGGAUAGCAAUCCAAAUAUAUGUAAGUAUGCAAUUAGAAUUAUCUGGUUUUGUUGGUACAAAUUUCAGAGUUUGUUUUGUAAACUGAAAAAUUUGUGUGUGUUGUAUGUGUUUUUUUUUUUUUCAAUGUGAUACUAAAAGCAGCAAAAUGUAUGUUUCUGAUAUUGACAUACGUUUUCAUUAUUUAAACAAACUGUUAUGACUUUCAGGAUAAUUUAGGAUAAAGAUUAAUGUCAUCAAUAUUAAUGCCUUUAUGGAAGUUAUCAUGGCUCUUUCUGGUCAUUUUGGACAGAUUUUUUGUUCUUUACAAUUUCAGAAAUAAAGGUACGCAAACUGUCACUGGGGUGGUACCUUUUCAAAAGGUACACAUUUUUUACUUAAAGUGGAGGUGUGGCACCCAACCCCACCCCUAACCCCAACCGUCAUUGGGUGAUGAGCAAAUCAUACUAAAUUGUACAAAUUCAUACUAAUUAGCCACUAAAUCAAAAAGUUAUGAAUUGCUGUAAAAUUGUGUUGGUACCUCAAAAGUAUAUAUUAGUACCAAAGAUUUUAAAAGGAACACUUUUGUACUUUUUAGGUAAUACAGUAUGUACCCUUGAGGUAUUAAUAUGGACCUUAGGUACAAAGUUGUACCUUUUGAAAAGGUACCACCAGUAACAGCUGCCAUUCCUUUGUUUCUGAGAGUGUAGACAUGUGUAACUUUACAUUGAUGCUUAAAAGUUAAGCAUCCGUUUAGAUGGUAGCAAAUACUUGUUUAACAGGAGCCACUGAAGUUGCUUUAUUUGUUCUUCUUUUGUUCUUAUUCAACUAAAAAGUAAUCAUCACAACAGUAUAAUAAAUAUUCUUUAAAUUCAGGGAACA